AUGAGUGAAUCCAGCGCCAAAUCCAGCCAGCCUCUGGCCUCCAAAGGGGAGAAGGACGUGUCGGAGAAGAGGGGCAGGGGGCGGCCCAGGAAGAAGCCGCAGGAGCCCAGCGAGGCCCCGACCCCCAAGAGACCCCGCGGACGGCCGAAGGGCAGUAAAAACAAGGCCACCCCAAAAGGCAGGAAAGCUGCAGUCACACCAGGGAGAAAACCUCGAGGCCGACCCAAAAAAUCGCAGCAGGACGAGGAGGAGGUGAACAUUUCCCAGGAGUCAUCCGAGGAGGAGCAGUGAAACCUCCCCAACCGGCGCUACCUCAUC